UUUGAGAUGACCGUUCCUUUGUCUUCCUCUAGCCCUUCGUUCCCAAUAAUCCUGCAAACUUUGCAAUGGCCGGUGCCGUGAGACAACCGAUCGAUAUUCAGUCGCUGGAGCGAUACAUCUCCGAGCAUGUCCCAGAAAUCCAAGUGCCAAUCGAUCUUAAACAGUUCGGAUUUGGCCAGUCGAAUCCCACAUAUCAGAUAACGGGGAGCAAUGGAGUGAAAUACGUUAUGCGCAAGAAACCUCCCGGAAAACUGCUCUCGAAGACUGCGCACCAAGUCGAGAGAGAAUACAAGGUUAUACACGCCUUGGAGAAGACGAACGUGCCUGUGCCGAAAACUUACUGUCUUUGCGAAGAUGAGAAGGUCGUCGGGACUGCCUUCUAUAUUAUGGAGUUCUUGGAAGGGAGGAUUAUUGAAGAUCCUACCAUGCCAGAUGUGACUCCAGCUGAGAGGACGGAAAUGUGGCACGAUGCCAUAAGAACCCUAGCCAAACUUCACCGAAUCAAUCCGAAAGACGUCGGACUUGAGGGUUUUGGUAGACCUUCCGGUUUCUACGAUCGCCAGAUCAAAACCUUCUCGACAAUCAGCAAAGCACAAGCAGAGGCUCGGGACGUGGAGACGAAUGAACCUGUGGGACAAAUACCCCAUAUUGAAGAAAUGCUGGAUUUCUUCAGGAACAAACAUUUGCAGCCAACGGAUAGGGGCACCCCUAUCCACGGCGAUUAUAAGAUUGACAACUUGGUCUACCACAAGACCGAGCCACGGGUCAUUGGAAUUCUAGAUUGGGAGAUGUCCACCAUUGGCCAUCCAUUAUCCGAUCUCGUCAACCUCCUCAAUCCAUACUCCCUAAAAGACCGAAACGAAGUAAAACAUCUCCCGAAGUUCAGGGAGGGACAAACUCCCGGUUUACCCACCCAACAGCAACUCCUCAAAUGGUACGCUGAGAUAGCAGGAUGGGACCCCAGUCCCGACAUGGCCUAUGGAGUGGCUUUUGGAUUCUUCAGAGCAACUUGUAUAUACCAAGGUAUCGCAGCACGAUAUGCGGUGCGGCAGGCGAGCAGUGCGAAAGCAAAGGAUAACGCAACGCAGAGACACCCAAUGGGAAAACUGGCGUGGGAAUACGUGCAGAAAUCAAAAGCGGCUGCAACGGAUAAGCCUAGGCUGUAGUUAGUGGUGGUAUGUUUAGAAGAAAGCAAUAGAGUGCGAUUUCUUCUUCGAGGACAGACAGCCAUCCCCUUCUUUGUAGACUACAUAUAUUCUUGAUGUGGACCUGAGAAAGUUUACCUUACGAGUAUUUAUCAACUCUUCUGCUAAAUCAAGGGUUCAAAUAUACCUAAGCGCUUCUUUUGCAUUAUUCACAAG